AUGCUAAAGCCCGGCAAAAAUCAAACCAAAAGAGUGACUGGCGCCCUCGUGCCCGCCGGGACCCGUCACCACCUCGUCUGUGACACGCUCGGCCUCCUGGACACCGAACGGCGCUGUCCAACGGUGUUUCCGGAGGUAUGUGGUCGCUUUGACAAGCAACACACCUGGGAUGUAAAGUCCCUCGUGAUGGGGAAGACGGCGUUAGAAGCGGCACAGGUGAUAACCGAGGUCUUGCAGCUUCCAAUGACCAAAGAGGAACUGGUGGAAGAAAGACAAAUGAAGUUAAAACAGCUGCUCCCUGUGGCUACCCUGUUGCCAGGUGUCGAAAAACUCAUCCACCACCUACGAAAACACAACAUACCUUUUGCUCUUGCUACCAGCUCAGGGGCCGCAUCGUUUGAAAUGAAAACAAGUAGACACAAAGAAUUCUUCAGUUUGUUUCACCAGAUCGUUUUGGGAGAUGAUCCUGAAGUGAUGAGUGGCAAACCCGAUCCUGCCAUAUGUCUAACUUGCACCGAGAGCUUUUCUCCUUCUGCUCCUGUGGAGAAGCGCCUUAUGUUCGAAGACGCCCCCAACGGGGUGAAGGCGGCCCUGGCAGCUGGGAUGCAGGCGGUCAUGGUCCCCGACGGGAACUUACACCGAGACCUGAGGCGAAAGGCCGCCGGCGUGCUCAGCUCCCUGCAGGACUCCCAGCCACAGCUGCUCGGCUUGCGCCCUGUGAGUGAGAGCGUCACCGCCGCCCGCCUUGCUCUCGGUGCCCACUGUCCUGACCUUACCGCCUAG